AUGCCCGGCCGCCUUGCCAACAAAAUCGCCAUCAUCACGGGCUCCUCCUCCGGCAUAGGGCGCGCCACAGCCCUAGCUUUCGCACGAGAAGGAGCCACCAUCAUCUGCUCCGACAUCCGCGAAGAUCCACGCCCCGAGCGUGCCGAAGCCAGCAACCUGCCCACCGUCGAGGAAGUCCAGAAACUAGGCGGCAAAGCCAUCUUCGUGAAAUGCGACACGAGCAAAGCCGGAGACGUAGAAGCGUUAGUCAAGAAAGCGGUGCAGGAGUUUGGUCGGCUGGAUAUCAUGGUGAACAACGCGGGCGUCACAAUGAAAGACAUGGCGAUCUGGGAGAUUAGCGAGGAGGCGUGGGACCAUGUGCUUGCCGUGAAUUUAAAGGGCGUGUUCCUCGGUACGAAGUACGCUGCAAUGGCCAUGAAAGACCAGGAUCCGCAUCCGUCCGGCGACCGCGGCUGGAUCAUUAACGUCGCGUCUGUUCUCGGGCUGGGCGGGACGCCGCGCGGUGCCCCCUACGUCAGCUCCAAGCACGGCGUCAUGGGCCUCACUAAAACCGCGGCGUGGGACUGCGCACCCUACCGGAUCCACGUCAACGCGCUGUGCCCGGGCUACAGCGAGACCAGUAUGACCAACUUCUUCAUCGACAUCCCCGAGAUCAGGGGAAGACUGGAGGCCAUGCACCCGUUCCGUGGGCUGGGCCAGCCGGAAGAUUUGGCUAAGGCGGCGGUGUUUCUAGCUAGCGAGGAUGCGCAGUGGGUUACGGGGAUUGGGUUGCCGGUUGAUGGUGGAUAUAGUAGUAUGUAG